AACCUCUGAGCCUGACCGCACCAGACCCACACCAGACUGGCAGAGGAUGAUGGGACCUAGAGUGGAUGCAGUGAGUUAUGAAGAUGUGCAUGUGAACUUCACUCAGGAAGAAUGGAAUUUGCUGGAUCCUUCCCAAAAGAGUCUUUACAAAGAUGUGAUGCUGGAGACCUUCCAGAACCUCACUGUUAUAGGCUAUCGUUGGGAAGACCAUCAUAUUGGAGAACAUUGUCAAAGUUCCAGAAGACAUGAAAGGCAUGUAAGAAGUCAUACUAGAGAGAAACGAUAUGAAUGUAGUCAAUGUGGUAAAGCCUUUUCAUUUCUCAGUCAUCUCCAAUAUCAUAAAAGAAGACAUACUGGAGAUAAGCCGUAUGAAUGUAAUCAAUGUGGUAAAGCCUUUUCACAGAACAGUAGUCUCCAAUAUCAUAAAAGAAUACAUACUGGAUAGAAGCCUUAUGAAUGUAAUCAAUGUGGUAAAGCCUUUUCAUGUCAGAGUGGUCUCCAAUAUCAUAAAAUAACACAUACUGGAGAGAAGCCUUAUGAAUGCAAUCAAUGUGGUAAAGCCUUUUCACAAAAGAGUAAUCUCCAAUAUCAUAAAAGAACACAUACUAGAGAGAAGCCUUAUGAAUGUAAUCAAUGUGGUAAAACGUUUGCAAGACCCAGUCAUCUCCAAAGACAUAAAAGAACUCAUACUGGAAAGAAACCUUAAGAAUGUAGUCAUUGUGGUAAAGCCUAUUCACAAGGGAAAUGUCUCCAAAAACAUACACAUACUAGAAAGAAAUUUUAUGAAUGUAAUCAAGGUGGAAACAGCCUUUUCAUAAAGUUUUUGUCUCAAAAAUCGUAAAGACAACCAUUAUGGAAAGAAACUAUGAAUGUAGUCAAGGUGCUAACGCCUUCGCCUGUCUCACUAGUCUCCAUAACAUAAAAGAUCCCAUACUGUAAAGAAACUUCAUAAAUGUAAACAGUGUGGUAAAG